AUGCUGGGGUCCAGCCUCAGGCGGUUGCCUGGUGCCACCACACUCAUUCUCCUCCUUCUCGUGCUCCACGCAUUGCCCUCCCGGGGCGAGCCCCUGGCUCCGCACAUUCGCCACUUUGAAGAGGUCGAUUUAAACCUCGACGCUCUCCAUGCUGAGCAUGGGCGGGUGCGCCGCAGUGGUCGCCGUGAUGCCACCCUACCGUUUUCUUUGGAUGUCUUUGGUCUACACUUUGCUGCUGACCUGAAGCCGGAUCAUUCCAUGAUCUCUCCCCGUUUCGAGGUCCAUGUUCAUAAUCAAGACCAGGCCUGGACUGAACCCUACAAUUUUAACAUCUUCUACUCGGGCAAACCCCAUGGUAUGCCGGGUAGCAGCGUUCAUGUGACCAUGUUCAACGGCACGCUGCAUGGUCGUAUUCAUACCCGCACCGAGACGUACAACAUUCAUCCUGCCCAACGAUAUGGCCGCUCGGAACGAUCCCACGUCGUCUACCGCAGCUCUGACGUGGCCUACAACAUGAGUCAUGACUUUUGUGGGACGCAUUCUGAACACGAUCCAUAUGCCCAUGAGCACUUGGGCACAAGCGUGCUGCAAGCUGAGCAGCACAUUCGCCAAACUGCUGGUUCUCGGUUUCGCCGUACUGGCUACCAGGGGGAUGCCACGAAACGCGUCUGUGAAAUGGCACUUGUAGCCGACCAUCGGUUUUACGCGACCCGUGGCCAAAGCAGCGUCCCGCAAACUACCACUGCUCUGCUCGAAUGGUUGGACUACAUUAACCGCAUCUACAAGUUUACCGAUUUUGUCGAUGACAUCGGCACCGGCAUCCAACUCAACGUGGCCACGAUUAUCAUCUUCACAUCAUCGAGCGAUGCUGGCAAUCCGUUUAGUACGUCCACCACCAACCCCAACCUCUUCCUUGACCAGCUAAGCUCUGUCAGCUGGGGGGACUUUGCUGAGGGUGUCUUGGGUCUGGCCCGCGUCGGCCAAAUUUGCCAAACUCCGUAUAGCAGUCCCAAAGCCACCACCACGGGCCAGUCCAUUCUCAGUCUGAACACCGGCAUCACAACCACUAUCAACUAUGGCAGCACCAACGAAGACCAAUCGAAACUCGUCUUUGCUCACGAAGUGGGCCACAACUUUGGGGCCUCGCAUGAUAAUGCAUGCUCUAGCUGGUGUAGCAGCAAUCCCGGGCGUUGCGAAGCUGAUGGUGCAACUGUGGCCGUGUCCGAGAACAACUAUUUCAUCAUGUGGCCCUCCAGUGUCGAUGGCAGCAAGUCCAACAACGAUCAAUUCUCUGACUGCUCCAUCUCCUCAAUGUCCUCGCAAAUCAACAGCAACAGCGAUGCUUCGGGACAGUGCUUUACCAACCGCGCUGACGCCAUCUGCGGCAAUGGGAUUGUUGAGCUCAACGAGGAGUGUGAUUGUGGCUCGACGGAUGAGGCAACCUGCACGGCGGCUGAUAAGUGCUGCACGACAAAUUGCACCCUUGCAGUUGGCGCCGAGUGCAGUCCCGAGGCAGGCACCUGUUGCAACGAUAACUGCGAGCUCACAGGCUACGAUACAAUUUCUGAGAUGCUCACGGGUCGCGAUAGCAAUCCUGCGACGCACCGGUGCUAUACAUACGCUGACGAUGAUUGCUACACGGACAUUUAUUGCUUGAAGGUUCCCGAGCUGUUGGGUCGGUGCCCAACCAAGGAUUAUCCUUGCAACGACUACAACAAUGCCACCCUCGAAGAGCUUGAAGCUUGCGAGGCCACGCCAGGCUUUUCCUUCCCCUUUCACAAAUCCCAAGGCUCUCUUUGCAACGACGAUGCCAAUGUGUGCACCAUUCAGGGUUGCACUGGUUCUCUUUGCUCGUUGUACACGACCACCGAUCGGGAUAACGGCGAGCUGCCAUCAGGCUCUUUCACUCCCGUUGAGGCGCAGACAUGCGAGAGCACCGAUAAUCCCUGUGACGUAGCGUGCGAGUUUAAAAGCGGUACUUGUACUUCCACCUUUGCUUAUGACUCCACGCCGCACGGCAUGGCCUUGAAUGUGUCGGGCACGUAUCGCGCAGCCGGCAAGGCGUGCGAAAACUUUACCGGGUUUUGUGAUGGCAAUGGCCAGUGCUACCAAGCUUCGGGUGCCAGCCCUUUGGAUCUUCUUCUCAGCACUGGUGCCUUGGAAUGGCUUCUUGAUUACUGGUACAUCACGUGGUCGGUGGCUGUGGGCCUGGUGCUCAUGGCCUUUGGCAUGCGCGCCUGCCAGCGCCGUCAGGGUGGACGUAUUAUCAUUAAGGAGCGAUCUUCUUUCCAAUUUUUGACCAUGCGCAAGCGACGCGAAUCAGCACCCAACGCGGUGCGCCGCGAUAAGAAUAAGAACGUGGUGGUGGUUUUGCAUCAACAGCAAGCAGCGUCGGGUGAAGGCGCCCCGAAGGAGGGCAUGUAUCGGCUGCGCGCGCUAUUCCCCGAUGCACCGUCCGAGGUGCUAGCCACGGUUAUGGCAUGCUCACCUCACGAGGAGGCAGCAGUCUGGCGCCUUCUCGUCUUGGGUUACGAAAUGCGCAAGUUGUCCGAUUAUAAAUUUUUGGCCUACGCCGGUCGGCAGUAUCGGAAAGAUUUGCGCAAGCAUAACCUCGAGCGACGCAAACAGGCCAACGAGGAGGCAGACCGGCGUGCGCAGGCGCAUCGCGCUGCCGAUGCCGUUAAGCAAAAGCAGCAGAUGUCGGCUGCCGAACAUCCGCGCCGUAGCCGCAUGCCAGGCCGCCAGGGCCGAGUGAUGGCGGAGGCGGGGGAAGUGGCGGCGGGGCUGGUGGCUCGAACGGCCAAUCGCUUGGAGGAAUUGGCUGCAUUGGCACGGGAAAAUGGAUUGUUGAGUCCACAGCAUGAGAAACAGUUUGAAGCGGAUCUCAGCAAAUUGCGCCGCGACGGAGUUGCGCCCUCAGUGCUGCUGCAGCAACCCAUCAUCGGCUUGGCCGGUGCCUUGAUUCUGACGCGUAGUGCAGCCAGCACUUAUGUGACAAAGCAGACUGUAGCGGCGCUAAAGACCAAGGAACUGGUUGCGACAGGCAUCUGGAGCAGCACGCACUUGCUUGCACUGCUGUAUGGUGGCGAGUGCGCCGCUUUGGACGUGGCUCAGGACAUCGAUGAGCGUGCGGAGGCCGAACACCAACUCGAUGCCAUCCUGGCCCAGGCUGCCAACCCGUGCCGCAAGGCCAUGCCCUCUCCCAUGGCUGCCAGUGACAGACAUGUAAAUCGACUAUUUGUUCUAAUCUUUGUGCACCGAUCAAUUGCGUGCCGAGAUCAAAAGAGGAAAAACAAAUCGGUGGGCCCUACACCUUUCACUCCAAGCAAGCAAGAAAAGAGUAUCGGUAGUCGAGCCCACCACAAAGCAACACGCGUCACUUGCAAUCGUUCCAACAAAAUCUACUCCACGACGUGUUUGUGA